AUGAACGGUAUGGGACGGCAGGGACAGAGAUCUGGAGCAGGAACGACGGCCACUGUACACCAUCAGCGACAGCACUCCGAUAACUUCGUGGACACCUCAUCCAAUGGCCGAUGGCUUCAGUCUGCUGGCCUUCAGCACCUUCAGAACUUCUCCUCUAAUGGAGCUUCUUCUAUUCCUCCCCUUCAGGAUUACAAUUUCUAUGGUGGCGGGGGAGGACUGGGGCAGGGGAUGAGGAUGUAUCGGAAUGCACAAAGGGGGUUUAACGGCGGAGCUGAGUUGUAUACUGAACCGUCAACACCUCCAGUCAGUUCAAGGCAAACCGGCGAGAGGAAGAGCGGGGAAGAGUCUCCAACUGAGUUCAGUCCUGGGCUGUUGGAUCUUCACUCAUUUGAUACUGAGUUACUUCCUGAGUUGCCAGUUUCCAACAUGUACGACGGAGCUUCUCUGUUUCAACCUGGUCGAGGAAGAAGCUUUGAUGACACUGAGCCUUAUGUUGCAAGCAAGUUGGCUGCCAGAGCUCCUGCUGUACCGGAAAACAAUGUCCUGAAAAGUUUUGCAGCAGACAAGGAAAAGACCAGUUCUGUUGCAAAGAUAAAAGUGGUGGUCCGUAAGAGACCAUUGAACAAGAAGGAGCUCGCAAAAAAUGAAGAGGAUAUUAUUGACACACACAACAACUCUCUAACAGUCCAUGAGACUAAACUCAAGGUUGAUCUAACUGAAUAUGUUGAGAAGCAUGAAUUUGUCUUUGAUGCCGUAUUAGACGAGGAGGUCUCAAAUGAUGAGGUGUAUCAUGAGACAGUGGAACCCAUUGUCCCGAUAAUUUUUCAACGCACUAAAGCAACUUGCUUUGCAUAUGGUCAAACAGGAAGUGGGAAAACUUAUACUAUGAAGCCAUUGCCUCUCAGAGCGUCACGAGAUAUCUUGAGGUUAAUGCAACAUACUUACAGAAAUCAAGGGUUUCAGCUGUUGUUCAGCUUCUUUGAAAUAUAUGGAGGAAAGCUAUACGAUCUCCUCAGUGACAGGAAGAAAUUGUGCAUGCGGGAGGAUGGUAAGCAGCAAGUUUGCAUUGUGGGUUUGCAAGAGUACAGAGUUUCAGAUGUAAAGAUGAUAGAAGAACUUAUUGAGAGAGGAAAUGCCACAAGAAGUACUGGCACAACUGGCGCAAAUGAGGAAUCCUCUCGUUCACAUGCCAUACUACAGCUUGCUGUAAAGAGGACAGUUGAAGGAAAUGAAACAAAGCCACCACGUCUGGUUGGGAAGCUGUCCUUCAUAGAUCUUGCUGGAAGUGAACGUGGUGCAGAUACUACAGAUAAUGAUAAACAGACGAGGAUGGAGGGUGCAGAGAUCAACAAGAGUUUGCUUGCACUAAAGGAGUGUAUAAGGGCUCUCGACAAUGACAAGAGUCACAUUCCUUUUAGAGGCAGUAAAUUAACCGAGGUUCUAAGGGACUCCUUUGUUGGCAACUCUCGCACUGUCAUGAUAUCAUGCAUUUCACCAAGCUCGGGCUCAUGUGAGCAUACGCUCAACACAUUGAGAUAUGCCGACAGAGUCAAGAGCCUUUCUAAAGGGAACACUUCCAAGAAAGAUGCACUAUCUUCAACCUUAAACUUGAAGGAGUCGAUUGCUUUGCCCCUGUCAUCAGUUUUGCCUGCUGGCUCGCCAUUGGAUGACGAUGUAACCGAUGCAUGGGCUGAGCAAGAUGAAGGAGAUGAUUUCGAGGAUGCAGAGGAGUAUGAACUGGAGAAACCAGUGAGGAGAGAGAAUGGAAAGCUAGUAGCAUCUUACAAUCCUCCACCUAUCGCAGAGGACAAGUUUCGGAAACCCAAUGGUCAGACUAAAUUCAGCAAUCUACCAAAACCCACCAAUAUCAAGAAGUCAGAAUCAGAUGAUGAUUUAAGCUCCUUGCUAAAGGAAGAGGAAGAUCUUGUCAGCGCUCACAGGAAGCAGGUGGAGGAUACCAUGAAAAUUGUUAAAGAGGAGAUGGAUCUGUUGGUAGAAGCAGACCAGCCAGGGAAUCAACUAGACGAUUAUAUCACUAGGUUGAACGCCAUUCUUUCCCAGAAGGCUGCUGGUAUACUGCAGCUUCAAAAUCGGUUGGCACAUUUCCAGAAGCGCUUAAGGGAUCACAAUGUGUUGGUGUCUUCCUCUGGUUAUUAA